CUCAUUCCAGUUUCAGGGCCAGUGGGCGAGUUCUCACUCUACGUGCUAUUUAUCUUCUAACAACUGCGACAGAACACCAUUUUAGUAGUACAUGCUGGAUCUCCUCGAAUUGUAAAGGAAUAUCUCAAUGGAUUAUUAAUUAUGAGUGGCUGAGGAGAAAGAAGUACCUCUUUUUUGACAAACACCUGGAAGCCUUGAGUCAGAAUGAUGGAACAGGAGGAAUCAACAGACUUUAAAACCCUGAAGGCACGGUUCCAGGGUGAAAACGGUCUGAAGAUCCAGACUAAACCCGCCCUCCCAGAGAAACCUAAAAGCAUCCCUCCGCUGACAAAAGUCAGCAAUCCUUUGAUCUCGUCCAUUAAUACUGCUGUGCAAAAAGGGUCGCUUCACGCACCACGUGUGGUCUUCAAAGAUGACAAAAAUCUCAGUCGCCAGCUCUCUCCACCUUGGGGAUUAAAGGCCAGAGAGAAGGAACCCAACAAUAAUGAACUGCUGGAUAAUCAGCAGAAGGAGGCCAACGCUGUAAGACAUAAUCUGAAAACCAAGAAUCUUCCACUGGUUCUCCCUGUACCACCAAAAACCAGACCUUCAGAGUCUGAUUCCAGCCCACGUACACCUGUGUCUGCUUCACCGGCCAAAGUGACAACACCCAAAAAGUUUGUAUUUACCCCUCAAAAAACAAACAAAGAUGAAUAUGAGAAAACAGACCCUGUGAGGGAGGUAGAAACUCCCAAAAAGUCUAUGAAGGACCGGAAUCUUCCAUUGGUUCUGCCAGUGCCUCCAAAAAAAGCUGAAAGCCCAGAACCUGAACCCAGCCCACGUACACCAGUGUCUGUUCCACCAGCCAAAGUGUCCACACCCAAAAGUACUGUGUUUACUCCUCAAAAAACUAGUCAAGAUGAGAAUCUUCCAUUGGUUCUUCCAGUGGCUCCAAUAAAAGCUGAUACCCCAGGGCCUGGACCCAGCCCCUAUACACCUCUGAGUUCCACACCCAAGAAUUUUGUGUUUACCACUCAAAAAAUUAGCAGAGAUAAGAAUGAAGAGGCAGAUACAGUUGAAAGACCAACACCGGCUAGUCAUACCCCUGCUCCAAGUUACCCAGCUCCUGCUGGGCCAUCUGUAACAACUAACCCUCCUACUCAAAGUGUACCUGUUGUCCCUAAGGCUGUUGUACCUCCUCAGACUUCAACUGGAACACAACCUACCCCAAGUAUUCCAGCUCCAGGCAUUUCGACCUUAGAGCCAAAGAUUCCUGAACCAGCCAUCCCAAGACCAAUCAUUCCCUCUCAAGACAUUCCGAAAUCAAAGCCAGACACCUCUAUUUCAACUGACAGUGAACCUCUUAAACCAAAUAUACAUAUGCUCAGUUUAUCCGAAGUAUUUCCUCCCCCCAAAGGAAGUCCACCUCCAGAAUUCACUGAUAUUCCCCCCCCUGUUUUUGAUGAAGACUUUCCAGACGGAGACUUUCCUGACCAAGCUAUACCCACUCCAGCAACACAUACAUUUAUGGCCCCAGUUCUCAAGAGUCCAGUUGUCUCCAGGUCCCCUAGCCCAUCCACCCCUCCAUCGGUAUCUCCAGAGACCUCGGUGUAUCCCUUAUAUACACCCAAUCCAGUCUUAAGCCCUCCUCCAGAAGUUCACACUCGUGCUGCACCCAUAGACAUGGUACUGGAGAACACAAAAUCUCUGACUGAAAAGGCAGCUGAUAACCCAGAGAGGCCUAAGGAGGACCAGCCGUCAACCAAGCCUCUUUCAGCUCUCUCAUUGUUGGCUAGAGCAGAGCAGAUGGCCUCAGUAAAACGGUCACCAAAUGAUAGCCGUGUUUUUAACCUUCUGGAAAGGGCUAAAAGAAAGUCCACUGUGAACCCACUGGCUACCACUCUUGAAAAUACAUUUAUACCUGAAAACACAACCCUAGUUGAGACAGCUACACCCGAGAUACCUUUGCCUGAAACUCUCACACCUCUUCCUAAGACUGCCACAACUGAGGUGACCCAACCUGAUCUAGCUCCACCUGAAAAAACCUUACCACAGCUUGCCACAACUUUAGAAACACUGCCUGAGGAAGUCCAAUCUGGACCAGAAGUGUCUGAUAUCCCUAAUCUCCCUCCAGUUGACUAUGUGGAUCGUGCUCGGUUGCCAUCUAAAACUCAGUCACCUGAAACCCACCCACCUGAGGUUAAUGGCUUUGAUCACAGGGUGGUGACAGUGGUCAAACCAGUGAAUCCUCCUCCCCCACCGCCUAGAAAGGCUCUGCCAGUCACACCCAUUGUCGAUCCCCCACUUGAGAAGCCAACUCAAUCUCUUGCUAGAGACUUCCAGAUUCCUACAACACCAUCUGAACAUCUAGAAACACCUGAAGACUCACUGUACGACAACUCAUUUGACAACUCAUUUUAUGAAGAUGUUGAGGAACCUGAGGCUCCAGUACUUUCAACCUUUAGGCCUCCAUCAGUACCAUCAUCAGCUUCGAGUACCAAACGACCAGUUUCAGUUCAUGAAGAUGCCUUCCUGAGACAGCUGAACUCAAAACAACAGUUGAAAGAGAACGUGUUUCCGAAUAUGGAUGAUAGAGAUGUGGAUUAUGGGUCUGUGAACUCUGGCUCUCCAUAUCCAGAAACUCAAGCUGCUGUACAUCACGACUCAGCACAAAGCUCACCUGCCUUGACUCCAUCAGGGACCCUUGAUAGAGUUGACAAUGUCUAUGAAGAUCAUGUAGACAGUAAAAAAGGCAAAACAACAAAGACAAAGAAACAGAAAGGGCCUCCAAAGAAUCCAUAUGCUGAUACACCAACUGUGGUGGAGGAGGCUCCCAAGAAAAACUUGUUCGCCAGGAAGAACUCAGGAAAAGCAGCAGAUGACAAAGAACUAAAGAAAAAAGAGAAGCAGCGGGAAAAGGAAAAAGAGAAAGAGAAGGAAAGAGAAAAGAAGGAGCAGAAAGAAAAGGAAAAGAAAGAAAAUGAAAUAAGGAAAAAAUUUAAGAUCACAGGCCAGGAAGAGCCCAUUUAUCACGUUAAAGUGAUCGAGGACUGUAAGGGCCGUAAAAACGACCUGCCGGUGAAGGUUGGAGACACCGUGAGCAUCAUCCGCACCAACAACUGCCCGAAAGGAAAAUGGCUGGCAAAGGACAGCAACAACAAAUAUGGCUACGUCCCAGUGGAGAGUGUGGAUUUGAACAUCAAUGGCAUUAUGGAGCUGGGGAAGAAGACGACGGCGUCUAACAGAGCCAACGGCAGUGGACAGAAAGACCCAGAGGUCACCAGUACAGGCAGCAGGACCUCAGAGCAGUACGGCAUGAACCAUGAGAGCUUCUCAGAAGACAGUGAAGAAUGGACCUGUGAUGAUGAUGACCCUGUGUUUGGCUCUCCUAAUGAAACAGCGCACAUGGCACUGAAUCAAUCACAUGCCACACCAGCUCAAGAUCCUGUUCACCAAGACCAAAGUGAUUCAGCGUAUAUGAAUAUGCCACCAAAACAGGAAGCUCUUCAAAAACUCUCCACAUUCUUUAUGCAACCGAAGACGCCCUCUCAGCCUCUACCACAAAACUACAGCACAGUAAUGCCAGAGCCUACACCAGCACUUGAAGAGGAUUCUGACAGCUUAAAUAAAGAGGAAGAAGAUGUCUCAGAUCUCCAGAUUCUUCCUCCUCCGGACCUGUAUGCCGACAUCAUCGCUGGAGACCCCAUUCCUAUUUACAGCAAGCCAAUCAAACUAGUCUCGAAAUAGCCGAAUGACUCCGGCUGAGAGAGGGAAAGAUGGACUGCGCUGGAUCUUCACUGUUUCUGAGUUCAUAACCCGCCUGUGGGCUGCGUUUUGAUGAGCAGCACAGUAAAUGUCACCCACACAAGCUCAAGAGUAGACGUGUCUGUCAAGUGGGAAGAAUUAUGUUUGUGAUUGCAUCAGUCUGUAAGUGGCUGCAGGCAAAUUCUUCUUGUAUAAUAUGUUCAUUCUGUGAAAAAAAGCCCAUGUAUGGUGUGGUGAGAAGCUCUUCAGAUUAUUUAAACCAUUACAUCUAAGUGUUAGUUAAGAGUUCUGUGGCAAAGACGGUCUAUCUAGUCUGAGGUUGUCUAAAGAUUCAUAAUUAAACAACUGAGCUAAAAGCUGACAGAUCAAAAUGAGAGCUUAGGCGUGUUAAAACAGCUUUGCGUCUGGGUUCGCUUUUAACGGUGUAUUGCCAUGUCGACAUUUAAAUGCAAUUCCUAUGUCAGCAUUAUUUUUGCGACGUCAUUUACUAAGAAGUUUAGGAUUGCAACUUAAAGGUUUAUAAUAAGCAUGCUUUGUAUUUGUAUUUGUAUUUGAUUUAUUAGUAUUAUAUUAUUCAUUUUAUAUUUUACAAGCAGUUCUUUAUGUUUAAGUGUUCGCAGUCUUCAGGGCUACUCUACAUUAGGGAAAAUAUGCUGAUGCUUGUAGUGCAAGUUAAAGUGUUGUUUAUUUUGUAAUUCUACUACAUGUACUAAGUUUUCAGGUAAAGACAAUAAAUGCCACAGUUGUGUA